AAAUACAAAAUGUUGUGGAAAUCGGCAAAUGUCAGCUUCUGAGGCUACGUGUUUUCGUGCGGCGUGGUGGGAGAAGCGAAAUGGUUUCAAAAUCGCCGAUUAUGAGCCAGUAUACGCUUUCUAAUCGCGCCGUUCGGUUGUUUUGACUGUAGCUUACCUGUUACAACUUCGCGAUAAUUCCAUUCGAAAAUGUCUUAUGAAGAGUUGAAAGAGGUAUUAACUCGUCAUGGUCAAGAGCACCUUAUCAAGUAUUGGCCGGAACUGGAGCAAAAUGAGCGGGAAAUCCUAGCUAGUGAGAUUAAAAAGUUAGAUUUCGCGGAACUAACUUCUCUCUUCCAACGCGCUAUGGAUUCUACAAAACUGAUUUUAGAUAAGCUAGACGACGAUUUGAAGCCGAUACCGCAGGCGCACUACGAAUCUGUCCCCGGAUUGACCAAGGAAAAGCUUCAAGAAUACGAAGAUAUUGGUUUUAAAGAAAUCUCUGAGAAUAAAGUUGGUGUUCUUCUCUUAGCUGGUGGUCAAGCUACUCGGUUGGGCUUCGGUCACCCCAAAGGCAUGUAUGAUGUCGGAUUACCGUCAAGAAAAACAUUAUUCCAAAUCCAAGCGGAAAGAAUUGUGCGCAUCCAACAAAUGGCUGCGGAGAAAACUGGAAAAUCGGGUAAAAUUACCUGGUACAUCAUGACUUCUGAGCACACUAUGGCACCGACUGCUGAAUUCUUCAGGGACCACUCUCAUUUCGGUUUGAACGAAGAGGAUAUUGUUUUCUUUGAGCAGGGAAGGUUACCGUGCUUUGAUUUCAACGGUAAGAUCUUUCUAGAUGAGAAACAUCAUUUGUCUUCGGCUCCAGAUGGCAACGGAGGCCUUUAUAGGGCUUUGAAAGCUCAAGGAGUCCUAGAAGAUAUUGCCAGACGUGGUGUGGAACAUUUACACGCUCAUUCCGUUGAUAACAUCCUUAUCAAAGUUGCUGAUCCGGUUUUCAUUGGUUAUUGCAAGAGCAAGGAUGCGGAUUGUGCUGCCAAAGUUGUUCAGAAGUCGUCUCCCAGUGAAGCUGUUGGUGUUGUAUGCAGAGUUAACGGUCAUUACAGGGUUGUUGAGUAUUCAGAAUUAACGGAUGAAGCAGCUGAGAGGAGAAACCCGUAUGGACGGUUGACAUUCUCUGCUGGUAAUAUCUGCAACCACUAUUUCUCAGCUGAAUUCCUCUCAAGAAUCUGUGAUUAUGAAACGAAAUUAAAACUUCAUGUUGCCAACAAAAAGAUUCCAUACGUAGAUGACAAUGGAAUCCGUCAAAAACCAACUGAACCUAACGGUAUUAAAAUGGAAAAGUUCAUCUUUGAUGUAUUUGAGUUUGCGAAAAACUUUAUCUGUUUAGAAGUAGCGAGAGACGUAGAGUUUUCUGCGUUGAAGAAUGCUGAUUCGGCUAAAAAAGACUGCCCUUCGACUGCCCGGGAAGAUUUGUUACGGUUGCAUAGGAAAUAUAUUAGACAAGCAGGUGGAAUUAUUGAAGACAAUAUUGACGUGGAGAUUUCCCCACUAUUGUCUUACGGCGGAGAAAACUUAGAAGAUUUAGUGAAGAACGAAGUGUUCACGAUCUCACCAUUCCAUUUAAAGAGUAUGCAUGAGUCCACGACCAACGGUGUGAAUGGUAACGGUGUUCAUUAGCAAGUAUUGUUCCAAAUAUGACAUUUAAGUCCUAAAGAAUCAAAUUCUGUAUUAAUUAGUUCGACAGUUCUAAAACUAUCAGUAAUUUAUCAUUUAUCGUAAAUGCAACACUAUUUUAGAGCUACCUACCAAAUUAAAAAAAAAAGUUAGAGUUAUCAAUAAAAAAAAUAUUCAUUUCAAUAAAACAAUACACAAUAGACACAAAUACAUCAUAAAAAUUAUAAAUUUUAGCUUAGUACCACUUAGUUUCAUGAUUUUUUUUUCUAAAUCUGCAAUCAGUAUCUUUUUUUUUUCUGUUUACUAUGAGCAGAUUUGUUAUAAGUAAAGUGUCAGUUUCAUGAUUUAAAAUCUAUUAAAAAUAAUUAAAAUUGUAGAUAAAAUUCGGAGUUUGAUGCUUUAAGACUCAUUUGUAAUUGUAAUUCAUCGAUAUAAUUUUAGGCUGCUUUGUUAUGUAACUGCAAUUAUAAAAAAAUCCAAAAGACCGUAAUAAAAUUAAGGUUGAGGGACCAUUUGAUGUGGCUGAGAGACUUAAUAAAUUAUAAUAACUAAUUUAUUUUGGUGAUACACUGAUUAAGCAAGCAUCUAAAUGAAACAUAUCUCUGCGAAAAUUACAGUAUUAACAUUUUAUGGUUUAUUUAUCAAGAGAAACUCUAAAAAGCGCAAAAAAACAGCGAAUAACAGUAAAAAAAAACUGUUAAAAACACUCCUUACAUAAAUAGAAAAGAUAAUUAAAAAAAAAAACAAAUAAAUAUAUCUUUAUGCUAUGGUAUGUAGUGAAACUCCAAAUAUUCAUUUCGUUUAUUAACGUAUUUACAAAGUUAUAUAACAAAACAGCCAACUAAUCUGUAUAUACAUCUUUAAAUAUUCAUAUAAAAUAUGCCUAUUGUAAAUAGUUAUUAAUAAAUAAGUACUUAUACAAUUUCUUCAUCACAUAAAAGCAUAAUAUUUUUACAUAAAUUGUAAUUAUUUUUUUGUCUAUUAAAGUUACGUGUCAUUGUGCAAUUUUUGGCGCGAAUUAUUAGGUCUUUUAUAGGGCGGCUACCUAUUCAAUUUAUAAAAAAAAACAUAUUAUUUUUAGCUUAAACUGCCUGGGUCGUUUCUCUAUAAUAUAGUUUAUUAUAUUUAUUAUAAAAUAGCUUUUUAUCUAAAAAAGCAUAUAUUUUCAGUUGUCAAUUAAAUUAUUAUUUUACACUCAAAGAGAACUGCCAAUUUAAAAAAAAAUAUAUAAACCUAUAAGCAAUAAUAUACUUAGCUCCUAUUUUCUAUUUCUAGUUUGCGAAAAGAGAUUGUUAUUUAGCAAUAAGGUCGGCUAUUGUACUUCUGUUAUUUCUACAUUUUGUUUUAAACAAAAAUUGUACUGUAUUGAAAUUAAAAGUAUAAACUUUUUAUAA